UUUAACGGUUUGACACUCCUCGUUAGCUUACAUUUUGUUAAAGCUUUCCCUUUCUGCAAUGACUUCUCAACGGGACCAAGGUUCAUCCUCUCCUAGACUAGAAGCUGUGAUUCAGAAGCUGGAGGAGUCCCUGGUUCAUUCUGAUGGCAGCUCAGGAGAGAGGAGUCUGACCCUGCGAGGUGAUGGACAGGAGUCUAGUGUCACUCCUAUGCCAUACCCCAGCCACAUCCGUCAGAUCAUCACCCGCAACUUGACGGAGCCUCCAGCUGGUGAGAGCACUGAGCUCAGCGAGGUCAAGGAGAGCGGGGCCCAGAGGGAGCAGCUGUCCUCGACCCAGAUGAACCAUGACCAGCUGCCAGUCAAACAGACCAGUCUCACUGACAGGCUGGAUCAGAUCCUGACACUACAGUCAUCAAUGGACUCAGACAAGGACAGUCUGUCACCAGGAUCCCUACAAACCCUGCAGAGCAAGGAGAGAGCUUAUAGGCAAAAACUGCAGGUCUACCAGGAGGCCCAGCAGAGACAAGCACAACUUGUACAGAAGCUUCAAACUAAGGUUCUUCAGUACAAGAAGAGGUGUGGGGAACUAGAGGAGCAGGUGCUGGAGAAGACAUCAGAGUCUGAGAAGAUGAGACUGGUGCUGCAGGCCCACCAAGAGUCAGCCCAGCGUCAGCUGCGAAACGAGCAGGAUCUUAAUGAGGCUCUCCAGAAUAAAUCUGCUCAGCUGGAAGAGGAGCGGAAAAGGUGUGCCAGCCUUAGCCAAGUCAACUCUCUACUACGGGAGCAGCUUGAUCAAGCCGGAACCGUCAACAUUGGACUGACAGAGAGCUUGUGGAAGGCUCGUGAGGACAUUGAUUUGUGUGAUGACCGUCUACGCAGGGAGCAGGAGACGUGUGCUUCCCGGCUCUGUCGUGAACAAGCUCGUGUCAGAGCUCUGUGGCGCCAAGCCGCUUCCCUGCGGAGCACUUUCACCCAGCUAAGGACUUUCACUGACAGGGCUCUGUCUGAUAUGCGUGGGGAGUGUGUCGAUGCCAGCAGGCAGCUGCAGGUUGCCUGCAUGAAUUUAGAGGCCAGGGUGACACAGGAGAGUGCCUCUAGUGGUGUAGGGAUGUCUGCGCUGGAGAGGCAGCUGAAGGAGAAGCUUAAAGAGGCUAUGCAGCUUCAAGGUCGUUGGGAUGCAGAGAAAGUGGAACUUAAGUCAAGAGUCCUGGAGCUGACUGAUACAGUCAAACACCUUCGCAGCCAGAACAGCGAGAAGGAUGCCAGCCUUAACACCAUGCAGAUCAGUCUGGACAGGAUGGAGACGAGGAGAACAGAGGAUAAAGCAGAGAUGGAGGUCCUCCACACAGAGAGCCAAGCACUCCAAAAGGUUUUAUGUCACAUUCAGCAGUUGGUUGGAGGUGAAAGUGAUUGCAGUGGCUUUGAAAGUAUGUCCUCUUCACCUCUUCAUGGCCGAUCUCCUCUGAGGAACACAACCCUGAUGGCUGUGCAGAGUGUUCUCUCCAAGCAACAAAAACAAACACAGGACCUGCAUGGGCGUCUAGAGGCAGCACUAGAGCAAGUGAACGCGCUUCGUGAUCACCUGCAGGAGAGGGACACUGAAAGGAGAGAGAUGGAGCAGAAGAUCCAGGAUGAAAGGAGAGAGAGUCAGGAGGCUAAAAAAGCUCUGGAGGAAAGCCUCAGAGACAGCAACAGAUACCGCUGCUCACUGGAGGUCAUCUCAAGUGAGAAGAGCAGCCUGGAGAAGCAGCUGUCAGGGCAGCAGCAGGAGGUGAACUCCCAGCGUGCAGAGCUGGAGGCACUGCGAUGCUCAUCACUAGAGCUGCAGAGACAGCGGGACCUCCUGAGGCAGCAGAGGGAGGAUCUGGAGAUGCAGCUGGCACGGCAGCGCACAGAGGCCCAAAGAGGUGAGAGGAGUCUUGGGGAGCUUGAAGGGAAGCACUCAGAUUUGCGUAGGGAGCUGGUGACAGUGAAGGAGGCUCUGAGUCAAAUCAGCCUGCAAAAGGAGCUGCUGGAGGAUGACAAGGCCAGCCUCGCUCUGGCUCUCAGCAAGAUGGAGUCCCAGAGUGCUGCGCAUGAGUUAGCCUUCACCAAAUUGCAAAAUCAGGAGGCUGCCCUGAAAGAUUCUCUUGCCAAAAUGACUGCCUUGAGUGAAGGCUUAGCCAAAGACAAGGUGGAACUAAAUCGUAUUCUCUUGCAGACUGAAGGUGAGAAGGCAGAGCUUGGUGAGCAUAGACGUGAAGCUGAAGUGGAGCGGGCAGCAGCCAGGGAGGAGACAGCAUGGCUCCAGCAGGAGAUGAUGAAUCUGCUCGCAGAGAAAAAAGCCCUGGAGAGCUCCCACGGCCAUUUGCAGGAUCUCUGCCAGAAGUUAGAAGUAGAGCUGAGCUUGCUGCAGAGGGAGAACUCUCAAGCUCUGGAGCAGCACUCCCAGGUCAAUAAGCAGAUGCAGAGUGUGUCAGAGGAGCUGUGUGCGUGCAGGAAGGAGCUGGAGACACAGACCACAGCCCUAAAGCGAGCUACCCAUGACAGGGAGGAGCUGGCCAAGGACAAGGCUGCUCUGGAUGUCAAACUAAACUCUGCUGACCGAAAGGCCUGUGGACUCACGCAGGAGCUGGUUGCACUUAGAGCAGAGAAAGAGUCCCUGGAGACAGCACUGUUUGAGAGCCAGGAGCUGGUUUCGUCUCUGGAGGUUGAGCGCACCAGGACAGAAGGGGAGAGGCGCAGCUUGCUCCUGGCUAACGAGGCCUUGACGCGUAAUGUUGCUCGGAUGCGUGCAGAUGCUGAACAUCAGGUGGAACAAGCAGAACAAAAACAAAGUAAGUUAGAGGAGAAGCUGGCCCAGGUGGAGAGGAAUGCCCUGCUGACCCUGAAUAAUAGAGAGAAAAUUCAUAGAGAGCAUCUUGAAGCAGAGCAGCAAAAAAUGGAACAGCAGCGUGCAGAGCUGACACAUCAGCGUGAGCAGGCUGAAGAGCAGCUGCACCGACAGUGUGAGGAGCUGCGUGUGUGCAGUCAGAGGGAGCUGCAGCAGGUGCGGGAGGAGCAGACCAGGCUGCAGCAGGAAUUCAACCAAAGCCUCCUGCAGGCUGAAACCGAAAAGCAGCAGGCGUUAUUCCAAAAGGAAGCAGAGAAGGCUGUCCUCACAGAGAAACUAGCAGCCCUGCAGCAGGACCUGGCCACUGCUGGCAUGGAGCAUGGGCGAAUGCAGAGGGAGGCACUUAGCAAACAGGAGCAGGAUAAGGAUGCCAUGGCUGUCCUUCAGUCUGAGCUGCAAAGCCUAUGGACUCAAUUUGAAGAGUCUUUGAGCUGCCAUGAGAACACCAAAACUAGUCUUACUGAGCAGGUCAGAGAAUUGAACCAGCAGAGAGAACAUACACAGCAGGAGUUAGAGGGUCUUUGCCGGCAGCUGCGGGAGGCAGAGGAUGGCCUCAUUAAAGGGAAAACAGAGCUGAUUGAAGCACACAGGGAACUCCAGGAGUGUGCACAGCAGAGAGACAAACAACGAAAAGAAACCCUGGAUCUGAGGAGGCUCUUGGGGGAUGAGACCAGAGAGAAAGAAGCAAUCCAAGCUUCUAACCAGGAGCUGAGAGUGUUAAUCAAAAGAGUGGAGAGUGACAACAGCAGUUUAAGAAGAGCUGUCGAGGAGAAAGAGCAGAAAGUAGCUGUCCUUGAAGACUGCAAAAUCUCGUUGCAGCAGGAGCAAACUACUUUACGCAGCAGCAUGAGAGAGCUGGAGAAGUCACACCUACAGGCCCGCAGAGAACUGCAGGAGCUGCGCAGACAGGUAAAGGUACUUGAAGGUGAGAACGGCCGGCAGAAACAGGAGCUGCAAGAGCUGCAGGCCCGGGUGUGUCAGGAAGAGCAGAAGGAGGAGGAGGCACGGUGCGAGGCUUUCAAUCUGAAGCAGAGAGUGCUGGAGUGCGAGGCUGGCAGAGACGCAGCGCUGAAUGAGGUUGCAGGUCUGAAGCUCCGUGUACUGGAAUUGGAGACAUCAGAACAUCAGAACCAAGAUCUUCUGCAAGAGAAAGAGGUUUACCAGCAGCAGUGUGACCAGAGGCACAGAGAAACCACCACACAGCUGGAAGAAGCACUGGAGGAAGCCCAGGUCCAGGUGAAAGAACUCUCUGUUAAGGUUGGCCUCGCUGAAAGGAAGGUCCAGGGUCUAGAGGAGCAGCAGAGUCUGGCUGAUGCCAAACGAAGGGAGCUAGAGCUCAAGUUGUCGGGGUUGUAUUCAACUUUGCGUCGUACUGUUUGCGUCAGCCACACAAGGCUCUCAGGUACACCUGGCUCUCGUAGAAGGUCUCCAUCUCCAUGGAGAAACCACCCACAAGCAAAGGGGGGAGACGCUGCAACAGACAGAUCCAUGUUAUCUUUAUCAUGUAAUGAAGAUGAAGAGAUGGACUUGGAGUCAGUACACGUAGCUCUACGGGAGUUUCAGCAGGAAGUUAGGGACACACAAAGAGAGAGGGAUGAAGCCAAAGCUCAGAUAGCUAGUUUAAGUCAGCAGGUGAUGGAGCUCCAAGCAAGCCAAGAUUUGUCAGCCACCCAGCUGCUCCAACUACGGCAGUCCUUGAAACAUUCAGAGCAAGAAAAAAGAGAGACGGUAGAACGGCUGCAUGAAGCACACAGGUCGAUGUCGCUGCACGAAGACGCAGCAUGUCGUACAAAGACUGAAAAGAGGAAAGUUGCUGAGGAGGUAGCACAAUUAAGAAUAAGCCUGCAAGCUGCUGAGGCUGAAUCCAGGGCACUGCAGGACAAGUUGGAGCUCUUGCAGGGUUCAGAAUCCCGUGCGUAUGAAGAGCAACUGAAGGUCAAGGAAUCUCUGGAAGCAGCUGAGAACAGGGCAAGCCGUCUAGAACUGUCCCAUCGCACCCUUGAAGGUGAGCUUCAGAGAGCCCAGCUCAGGGCAGCAGAGGUAGAUGCAGAAGUUGGUGUGCUGCAGGAGAGACUGACAGAGCUGAGGAGGAAGCUGGGUGAGAGCGAGGACCGGUGUGCAGCACUGAGGGUCAGCGAGGAGAGGUUAGCCACAUCGCUGGCUCGGGCUGAGCAGCACGAGAGCCAGCUAAGAGAACAGAUCCACAAGCUGUCAGGCAGCCUCAGUGAAAACAGGAGCAGCAGUGGAGUUCUACAGGAGCAGCUUGCACAGCUGCAGAGAGCUUUGACUGCCAGUGAGCAGGACCGAAGGAUGUUGCAGGAACGACUGGAUAGAACACGAGAUGCUCUUUCUGAGAGUAAGAGGCUUGGCCACAAACUAACAGAGCAGAUCCAGAACUUUCAAAGAGACCAGGAGGACUUAGAGCUUCAAAACUGUGAGUUGGAGAAACACAACAGGACGCUGAAGGAGAGCCUGAAACAACAGCAGGAAGCUGAAGUGCAAGCCCAGGUGAGCUCUCAGCAGCUGGAGCAAGAGAAAGAGAAACUUCAGGACAAAAUCACCCAUCUCCAAAAGUCUUUACACAAGUUACAAAGUGAGAAAACAGAGAUGGAGAGAGUGCUGACACGGCUUGGUAAAGACAAAUCAGCACUCAGGAAGACGCUGGAGAAGGUGGAGAUGGAGAGGCUGAGGAGGGAGGAAGGGGAGGCCUCUGCAGCCAGAGAGAAGGAGAUGUUAGGCCAGAGGGUCCGGAGUCUGGAGCAGCAGCUGGCUGAAAAACAAGAGGAACUGCAGACUGUACAGGCCCAAAUCUGCCAGUUGGAGCACUCACAUGCACAGCACCUCCUAGAGGUGACUGCCCACCAUCACCAGGAGCUUGAUUUGCAGACGGAGCAUUUGAGAGAGGGUCAACUUCAGGCGGAACAGGCUUUGGAGACCAGGGAGAAGGCUCAUCGCCAGAGGGUCAAAUGCCUUGAGGAGCAGCUGUUGACACUGAAAGAGCAGCUAGACCAGGAGACAAGCAGACGACGUGCCUAUUUCAAUCAGAUGCUGCAGCCUGGUGUGUAGAGGUAGAGACCCUGCAGUGAAGUAUGUAGCACCUCCGUCUGCCUCAUUCACAGCUCCUCUGGCAGCUUCCCAACAACAUUAAGUUACAAGCUACAUCCACACAAACACACUCUCUCGAGGCGUCUGCUCCUGCCCGUGCACAUGUGCUCACCGGAUUAAAUUAAUCUGCAGGAAAACUCAACAACAACAAACAAUGAGU